AUGCCGACGUUUCAGAACACACUGCCUCCAUCUUAAGGAUUGAAGAUUUCGUCAUAUUUGAAUUUCUACAUCGCCAAACGUAGUCACAGCUGCAGCUUCUAUUCAACUGGGAGGGAGACUCGUAAUUGAACCGCCCAAUACGAAGUGGAUGAGCCUGGUGGAAUAUGUAGGGAGAGUCUGGAUCAGGCAGGGGUCGCGCAGCUAUUGAUUUAAAGUCAUUCCCCAGGAAGGGAGUUGGUUGGGCUGGCGCGCUACGAGACAGUUCAUACAGAGAGGUAGCGGGGCCUUUAGACACGGCGGGUAUGUCCUAAUACCACUUUCAUCUCAAGACUCAGUCACAACCCAGCAGCCGUCGGCGGAACAACAGCGACAGGUUAAAAUUUCACGAACAAAAGAUAUUAUCUGUUCACCUUGACAAACUUCACGCCGCAUCUCAUUUCCGGCCACAGGCAAUCUGACUAUCGAUGGUAACUACGCAAUUGUCCAGAAACUAGACAUGAAUAUUUACUGCGUAAAUUUUAAUUGUUGAUGUCAAAUGAAUAUACAGUGAAAUUAAUUUGUUUUAGAGAAUCAAUAUCGGGAGACCCGUAAAUUGUAUUGUUUUAAUGUCUCUCUUCAAAAUCUUAUUUGGCAGAAUAAAUUAUUCAUCGCUAUAAACCACACUGUCCACGUGCAGUUCAAAAUUUAAAUAUUCGCUAAACGAGGUAUUUAAAACGGCGUAAACAUCGAAUUAUACUGCACAUAAUUUAGCACACGUAAAAUAAACUGGUUGCAUAGUGUCAACGUAGAAAGGCUUGUUCCACCAUAAUGUAUUAUUUCAAAACCGUACAUCAGGCUAAAUAAUCGAAGCAAGAAAGAUGUCGGACAGUGAAGAUGAGAGUUCCGGCGAGGAGUCCCAAGUGACGAGCGAAUGGUUAGAGGCGAUAUUAGUAUCGUACCAUCAGCAAGAACUCCAUCACGGUGUUGGAGACUGUGGCGGCGGCAAUGACGAGGAAAAUGGUGAAGAACUCUGUGUAAACAUCGGCGAAUUCUCAGUAGGACCUGGUUGCGACGCAGGGGAAUGCGUUCUGAGCGACAUUCUGGCAGUGAGGGUCCAAUAUCGGGUCUCUCCAGGGACUCCAGACCCACGAAUUCUCAGUCUGAUCGUCAAGCUGUUGCCGCACGACCCUUUCAGCAGAUUCUUCGUCACCGAGGCACAGUUUGAUCUCCGUGAGAUCAAGUUCUACACCCAGGUGGUACCGGAGUUGGAGCAGUUCCAAAAACGCAGCCUUCCGCCGGACACACCGCCUCUGGAGCUGCCUAUUCCGCGGUGUUACCACGCUCGCUACACCCCGGGUAAGGACAGCCCCAACUCUAGUCCCAUACCCAGCGAGUCUGUAUUGGUGCUCGAGAACCUCAAGUCCCGAGGCUUCCAGGGGGCAGAUUUCUCGCGAGGUCUGACUCUGAGACAAGCAGAAUCAGCGCUUGAAGCUGUAGCACGUGUACACGCCCUAUCACUAGCACUAAAGGUGAAAGAGGGUCGGCCACUAGUGGAGCGGUAUCCAUUCUUGUUCCAAACGGCGAGGGCUACAGAUUCUUAUCAGCAACUAGUCGAGCGUGGACUGCCUCAGCUAGCACGCUUUCUGGAGAGGCGCCCGGGAUUAGAAGACAUCUUGGAAUGUCUUCUUACACUGCGUCCCAACACUAAAGAACUCAUCGCCUCACUCUUAACCCCUGAAGAACCCCUAGCGCUUAUAACGCACACAGAUUUCUGGUGCAACAAUCUGCUCUUCCGCGACGAUGUAUCAUGCUCUUGUGCUGUGCUGGACUGGCAAAUGGUUACGUACAGUCGACCGACGAACGAUGUCGCUCUUCUGCUGAUAAGUUCUCUGCCCACCGAGCUCCGGCGACGUCACACCACAAGCCUUCUGGACGGCUACUGGGCGGCACUCACUGGUUCUGCUAUGAGGCUUGGGGUAGAUGUGGAAGGAGACCUAGGGCACAGUAGAGUCGCUCUUGGAGAGGAUUAUCGUCGUUCACAACUUUUAGCUCUUCUUCUAUGUAUCGGUUCUGUGGACGUGGCUCUGGGAGAUCCUCUCACUGAGCAGCGACUCUUGGACGUACUGCAGGACUUGCACAAAGACGGGGUUCUUUCGUCCGAUAUCAUCACGACGGCUGCUCAAUAAGAACUUUGAACAGCUUUUACAAUUGGGAAGAUGCUCUUGACAAUGGGACGAAAUUUGACUGAAGAUAACCGGAAAGUUGCCCAUGAAGUACUGCUAGCUCAUACUAUCAGCACAACAUUUAAAAUACUUGCUCACUUGCAAAAGGACGUUGUCUUCUUUCAACCUUAUUUGCCAUGUUGAAAGGUUUCAGUAAUAAAGUUAUGGCUUGUUAUGUCCGUUCAGUAACUACCGCUUAAGAAUAUGGACUUGAAUCUGAGAUCUGAUUCAUUCAAUCAAAACCGCACAAUAUAAGCUCCAUCUAGUACAAGCCACAGAAGCAAUUUUAACUAGGUUAAUUAUAACAAAAUGCGUAGAAGUGGAACAUUUCCGUAAGUUAUUUGUGCAUCAAGGGCAAGUAUCAAAAUAAAAAGAUUUUGAGUGUU